AUGAGGAUCAGGAAAGGGAACCCGGUGGAGGUGUGGACGCAGGAGGCCGGGUCGCCGGUGGGCGCGUGGCGCAGCGGCGAGGUCACGUGGGGCAACGGCCACUCGUACACCCUGCGGUGGCACGACGGCGACGGCGAGGUGUCCGGGCGCAUCUCGAGGAAGUCGGUCCGGCCGCGCCCGCCGCCCGCGCCGGUGCCGCGCGACCUGGACGCCGGGGACAUGGUCGAGGUGUUCGACGACGACGACUGCCUGUGGAAGUGCGCCGAGGUCCAGGGUCCUGCGGCCGCCAACGACCGCCACUUCGACGUCAAGAUCGUCGGCGCGGCCAAGGUCCUCACGGUCCCGGCGCAAAGGCUCCGCGUCCGCCAGGUGCUCCUGGACGACGUCUGGGUCGCGCUCCACAAGAAGAGGAGCUUCGGCAUGUUGGGUUCUGCUUCUGACACAACCUCCCAUGUCAAGGGAUUUGAGGACAAUACCAAGAGGCUUAAGCAAGAACCCAUCCCAAACGUGUGCGUGAACAACAAGCGGGACGAGAUGAGCGGCGAAGAUUGUGACAACGACGUUGGGAUAGGCAUUAAUCCCGAUGAUGAUGAUGACCAUCAGCAGCAACAGCAGCAGCAGCACGAGCGCAAGGACGAGGAGGAGGAGGAAGACGAUGACGACGACGACGACGACGACAGUGAUUCCGACUCGUCUUCAGAUGACAGCAGCAGUGGCAGUGACAGUGACAGCAGAACCAGGAGCAUCGACGCCGGCAAGGAUUGCCCUGCAGCUCUCACCACCAUGCCUUGCAACGUUCAGAAGGCCGGUCAGCUGCAACCCGUCAAGAAAGAACAACCCAUCAUCAAGGAAGAACAACCCGUCAAGAAAGAACAACAUUGUGACGACAUAGCUGAAUCACGUGAGAUCAAAAGCGAGCCCCUGAAGCAUCAGACGAUGGGGGCGACGACGGUGCGGGAACACAUCCACCAUCUGGAGCUGGAGGCCUACGCUGCUCUGAUGAAGGCGUUCCAUGCGUGCGGUAACGCGCUGAGCUGGGAGAAGGAGGGUCUGCUCAGUGACCUUCGCGUGCACCUCCAUAUCUCGAACGACGAGCACCUUCAGGUGCUCAAUGUGAUCUUGAACCGCAAGAGGAGAACUGGAGGACAUCGCUGA